CCUAUUCUAAACACAGUCAGAGUCAAAGUGGAUCCGGGUCAGCCAGGUCGGAGCAGAAUGUCAUUGAGGAACAGUUAGAGAAUGAUGACGAUGAUGAUGGUGAAGAAGGUCAGCCGAGUGAGAGGUACGGCAGUUAUCAUAAAUACAGGGAUAUGCUAGAUGCUGAGGAUGGUGAUGAUGGAGAGGAGGCAGAUGGAAGUGAUGAUGAAGAUGACAUGGAUGUUGUUAAAAUUGUGCCAAAAAGCUUAAAUAACAUUUCAACAGUUCUCUCCCUUGACGCUGGGGCCGACCAGUUGAGGGGGGCAGUGAAGGGAGAUGAGAGCUCAGAGAAGUGUGAUGACGAUGUUCAUCUGCAGGUGCACUCAGCCCAGAAACUCGCCACAUGUCCAUCUUCUCCCAAUGUCAACGCCCAAGAUGGAACCAGCGUGUGGUGCUCUGAUGACAACGAAGAUAGUUUCUUCCAGGAUGUCUAUGAGAGAAAUCGUCAUCUCAUCGGAAACGAUGGGGAGAUGGACACACUUGUGGACAGCUGGCUGCAGGAACAGCCUGAAGGUUUGGACAAGGAGAUGUUUGAUGACUGGGUGAAAUCUAACAACAAAGGGGAAGGUCAUGCUGACAGCAAGGAAGGACAGAGUGACGAGGAAGAUGAUUCUGAGCCUGAUGAAUCAACAUACAAACCUAACGGUGAUAACAGGUCAGGUGACAGACGUAGGCUGGAUGGAAAUGAGGAGCAGCCGCGCUCAUCAGACCCAGUUGUGGAACAUGAGCAAUUGUUUGAGGAUGACAUGAGACUUAGACUCCACGAUUUAUCUGGACAUGACAAUGGGGAGGACACUCUGAGAGACACAGGUAGAGA